CGCCGUGUUGAAGACACGCUAUAGUUUCUAAACAACCAACUGCUUCCAAGUCAGCAACCGAAACAAUUGUAUUCUUGGCGUGCCACGGCCAAGACCGAAACGAUUUGGAAGAUAAUUAUCGCCCAUACCCGCGUCGCACUGUUGUGGGAAAGGGAGUUAUGAAAGAUCAUAGCAAAUUUAUUUGAAGUGAAAACUGAAAACUUUACAUUCCUUAUGAAAAGAGUGGUUGGACUCUAUCGAGGACCCAUUCGACUCCGAUCUCAAUUGCCAAAAUGUUGUGCAGAUGAGAACGCCUCUCAGGAAGCGAUUUACAACGGGGUCGCCAGCAUCAGCAGAAUCACCAUCAUACAGAGGUUUCCAUGGUAUAAAAUGUGUCAGCGAAUGCAGUUGGUCUUUGGGGAGAGCUGCUGAGGAGCUCACAAGCCUCUUGCCAUUUUCCACAGCCUGAGGGGAGGUCAUUGGCAGGAGCCAUGCCUGCCCUGACCACCGGCGUGGGCCACGAGCCAGGGCUAUAUGAGUUGCUCGCAGCUUUACCUUCAAAACUGAAGCCCCAUGCCAACCACUCAGAGGAGAGCAACUUUCUCCAGGGCAUGUUUGAGGAGAAAAGCCUCCAUUCACUGUUCAGGAUUCAUGAAAGGCUGCAGCAUUAUGAAGAGAGCAAACCCACUCCUGUCUUAAACAACGCUGCAAGUCUGUGCACUCAAUUGUCCGAGGAGCUUCAAGGCGAAUCAGCUACAAGAGAAGUGAAUGAGCUUCUCAAGCUUUUGGCCAAGCCCCACUUGAAGAGCCUUCUGUCAGUCCACGAUGUGGUUGCACAGAAAAGCUACGAGCCUGAACUACCUCCAAUGCCCGAAGACUUCAACGAUGACGAGGAUUCCGUCAAGAUCAUAAGGCUAGUUAAAAACAAGGAGCCUCUGGGAGCUACGAUAAAGCAAGAUGAUUUUACAGGAGCCAUACUUGUGGCCCGAAUCAUGAAAGGAGGGGCGGCAGACAGAAGUGGCCUUAUUCAUGUUGGGGAUGAGCUGAAGGAGGUCAAUGGAAUCCCUGUGGAUGACAAGAAACCAGAGGAAAUUAUUCGUAUUCUGGCUCAGUCGCAAGGGGCCAUUACCUUUAAAGUGGUUCCUGGGGUCAAGGAGGAUGUAUUGAUCAAAGAGCCAAAGAUGUUUGUGAAGGCGCUCUUUGACUACGACCCAAAAGACGACAAAGCCAUCCCAUGUCAGGAGGCCGGACUCGCCUUCAAAAGGGGCUCCAUUCUUCAGAUCAUGAGCCAAGAUGAUGCGACCUGGUGGCAAGCCAAGCAUGAAGGGGAUGCUAACCCUCGUGCUGGCUUAAUCCCGUCCAAACAGUUUCAAGAGAGGAGACUUGCGUUGCGAAGCCCUGCUGCAAUUCUCCCGAUCCACAGGUCUUCACUUCGACGGUCCCAUGAUGUGGCUGUAGAUUGUGAGGAUGCUGACUUUAUUAGCGGAUCCCGUCUAGUUGGGUUCAGAAGAAGCUUCCGUCUCAGCAGGAAAGACAAGAAGACCAACAAGUCCAUGUAUGAGUGUAAGAAGAGUGCGAUUUACGACACAGCAGACGUUCCCACUUAUGAAGAGGUCACGAAAUACCAGAGGCAGGAUGGAGCUAAACACCGACUGGUGAUCUUAGUCGGACCCACUGGAGUCGGAUUGAAUGAACUGAAGAGAAAACUUUUGAUUUCUGAUCCACAACACUUCAGCGUGACAAUCCCACACACAACUCGGCCAAAGAAGAACCUGGAGAAUGAUGGUGUGGAAUACCAUUUCAUCUCCAAACAUCUUUUUGAGACGGAUAUUCACAACAAUAAGUUCAUCGAGUUCGGCGAAUACAAAGGCAAUUACUAUGGGACAAGUUUAGACUCAAUACGGUCGGUGCUUUCCAAGAACAAAGUGUGCCUAUUGGACGUCCAGCCUCAUACAUUAAAGCACCUGCGGACGGCGGAGUUUAAACCAUUUGUAGUUUUCGUGAAGCCUCCUACGAUCGAGAGACUGAGGCUGACGAGAAUCAAUGCAAAAGUCAUUUCAGGCAAGGAUGACAAGGGAUCUGCUAAGACAUUUACGGAGGACGACUUUCAGGAGAUGCUGGCAACUGCCCGGACAAUGGAAAAUCAGUACGGGCAUCUAUUUGAGAAGGUCAUAGUCAACGAUAACCUUUCGGAGGCCUUUGGCGAGCUGCGUGCGGCACUAAAGAAAGUGGAGCUGGACACGCAGUGGGUUCCCGUGAGUUGGACUCAUUCCUGAGGUCACAGACUGCGUGAAGCGCGAGAAACAUGAAGGCUUUGCCAGUAGGUCUGCAUUCUGGUGGGAUUUGUGGCGAGAUAAGAAGUAGUCAGAUCUCGAUUGCACUUUGGGCCCAGGCUCUUGGAUGCAAAAUGAAGUGAUUCAUUCCAAAACAGAAUGCUGAAUGAGCGCGCCCGGACUGCCGUAGUGGCAGCAAACUCGCCAGCACAUCGGCAGCACCGCCAACCAGAAGCCUUUCUGAAAAGAUGAGACAAUUAGAAACCAAAGGAACCAUCACAUUUCUUCUUGGUUUGAAAACUUACAUGUACGUGACUGUAAAAGUAAGCAAGGGGGGAGCGGGUGAACGUCUUAUUAUAAUUUUUAUACUUCUCAAAUGGCUUCCACUGCGAAACAUUGUUUGGUACAUUCUUACAAAGGGCUGUACUUGUUGAAUUUUUAUGAAAAAAAGUAAUAUAUUUUCUAAUACUUUCUUUAUAUUUUUAUUGUUAUAACAUGUCGUAUGCAUAUCAUCAAUGAUCCCGAUUAUUCAUUAACUCUUACGCGGGCUGUGUACUUACAGUUACCUCACAAAAGCCAUUUUUUUUAGAGAUUCUAGCCACUCCUGACUGCAUUUUGAGUCUCGUGUUAUUUUCCCUUUUUUCAGUAUAGCCUCAAUUACUCCCCCCCCCCCUUAUUUUAUGCUGUAGAUAUUUCAAAUCUACACAAUUAUUCCAUGCUAAAGUGAAUGUUAUCGUCUGGCAAAGAGGAUAUUUGAACAAGUACCACUUUGUGCCUGGUUCAAGUCAUCAUGCAAAUAGUUUUCGAAGCAUAGGCCGCAUUUCGUGGGCUUCCUCUUACAACCCCAUAAGCCGUAUGUUUGGUUAAUGGGUGACUCAACGUCAAUCGUUGUUUGUCCCUAUAAUCGAGAAGUGACUAAUCCAGGGUGUAGCCGCCCCUUGCUCAAAAGUCAGCAUGGGGAAAAUGGCUCCAGCUCACCCGUGACCUUAAAGAUGAACGCGGUAAAUGGAAUGGUUUUAUAUUCGCUUCUUUAUUGAAGGGGAAAAUUUAAUGUGUCAGAUUAUGUUUUUCCUAAACUUUAAAAGUUAGACUGUUGCAUAUUGUUUCCAGCGUUUGUGCUGAGAUGGCUAGCUUUUGAUUGUAGCUUUGGAUGAACUUGAGAUUAUCACAGUUGAGUUUUUUUUUUUUUUUAAAAGCCUCAACUGGAGGAUGUCAUAAAUCCAAUCCCCACAAGGGUAUGUAAGGGACUUUUUUGUACGUAUUUAUUUUUUAGGUGUUCUUUCUGUUGUUCAGUCGACCUAAUAAUCAAACAACAGGAACCUGUAAUCACAUUUCCAAGUUGUCCGGUCGGACCGGGGCACUUCUUCAUAUCCGUACAUCUACAUUCAUAAACCAAACUGUACACACCAGAAAGCAUUUCUUGCCAUAGGUACUUUGCUCAUUCUAUUGGCGACAUUUUAUAUAUAUUAAAAACAAAACAAAUCAAAC